GACUCGGGUGAGAGACGGUGGCGAUGAAUUAUUGAUUGAGACCUCGUUUCUGUGACGAACUCUUCUAUGCCGCUUCCUUUUCAAUUAAAAUACUCAGAGCUCCACGACAAAUCCUGACUCGUUCGUUUUCGUUUUCCUUCUUCUAAGCUAUGCUUCGUUUGAGAUUUGUUAAAUCCACUUUGCUUUCACCCAACUUUCUCUCCAUAUCCAAUUUUUCUCCCAAACCCACUUCCCAUUCUCCUCUCAUCCUCAAGUUCAAGGCGCAAUUGCAAAUGGGUUCUUCUUACACGACGUCGUCUCCUUCUUCUUCAAAGCUGUUGUUUCGUCAACUGUUCGAGAGAGAAUCUUGCACUUACACUUACCUUCUCGCCGAUGUCUCCCACCCGGAUAAACCCGCUCUCUUGAUCGACCCGGUCGACAGGACGGUGGAUAGAGACUUGUCUCUGAUUAAGGAAUUGGGUGUGAAGCUUGUUUAUGCCAUGAACACUCAUGUACAUGCGGAUCAUGUCACUGGAACUGGGCUAAUUAAGAGUAAGCUUCCUGGAGUAAAAUCUAUUAUUUCAAAAGCAAGUGGGUCAAAGGCAGAUGUUCUGGUUGAACCUGGGGAAAAUAUCCGUUUUGGCGAUCUCUUUCUUGAGGUUCGUGCUACUCCUGGACAUACAUUGGGUUGUGUUACCUAUGUUACAGGAGAAGGGCCUGAUCAGCCUCAACCAAGGAUGGCUUUCACAGGAGAUGUCCUACUGAUACGUGGAUGUGGGAGGACUGAUUUUCAGGGAGGAAGCUCAGCGCAGCUCUACAAGUCUGUGCAUUCACAGAUAUUUACAUUGCCAAAGGACACAUUAAUCUAUCCAGCUCAUGAUUACAAAGGAUUCACAGUCAGCACAGUGGGAGAGGAGACUCAAUACAAUCCUCGCCUAACAAAGGAUGAGGAAGGUUUCAAAGACAUUAUGGCCAAUCUAAAACUGUCAUAUCCGAAAAUGAUGGACGUAGCAGUUCCUGCAAAUAUGGUUUGUGGGAUGCAAGUGCCGGCUUCCAAAGCUUGAUGAGCCUUUAUUGAGUGGUGUCUAACAAGUUUUAUUCUCGAUACCUCUAUUGUUGUUGGGGAAUUCAAAUUACGAUUUGUACAAAAUGAUGUAUAAUUGCCCUUGGGAGUAAAAUGAACUAAUAAAAAAUAAAUAAAAAGUUUCCAAGUAACUACAUAACGAAUUGGCCUGAUGAAGAUGGUCAUACCAAUGGUGAUUGUAAACUAUGAUGUAAGGGCUGGUGUUGACUGUUGAACUUUAUUGAUUGCAAAGAUUUGAACCACUUUCAACUU